UGAUAUCUAACCAGGACUGCAAUCCUACCACACCGCAGCCAUGGAGGACCAGGUGCAUAAGCCGCACCGGAAGUCAAAGGAGAAGAAGCAGCAUUCUGGAGAUCGCAAUCCUAAGGCUUUCGCCUUUGCGAACCCAGGCCGACUUCAAAGAACAGCAGCGAGAUCUCAAGAUAUUAAAGAAAAACGAUUCCAUGUUCCUCUUGUCGAUCGAUUGCCGGACGAGGCGCCGCCUCGCCUGGUCGCCAUUGUUGGCCCGCCUGGCGUUGGCAAAACGACCCUAAUGAAGUCCCUUAUUCGAAGAUAUGCAAAAGAAACGAUUGCGGACCCCCAGGGACCUGUUACUGUUGUUACCUCGAAGAAGCAGAGACUCACCUUUAUGGAAUGCGCCAACGAACUCGAGGCCAUGGUGGACGUUGCCAAGGUGGCAGACAUUGUUCUGCUACUCAUUGACGGAAACUACGGAUUCGAAAUGGAAACUAUGGAGUUCCUCAAUAUCCUUGCCGCCACUGGUAUGCCUGGCAACGUCUUCGGCAUUUUGACCCAUCUCGAUCUCUUCCGCAAGCCCCAGGCCCUCAAGGACGCCAAGAAGAGACUCAAGCGCCGUCUGUGGACCGAACUGUACCAGGGUGCUCACCUUUUUUACCUCUCUGGUGUUAUGAAUGGACGGUACCCCGAUCGCGAGAUUCACAACUUGAGCCGCUUCCUUUCCAUUAUGAAGAACCCUCGACCUCUGAUCUGGCGCAACUCCCACCCUUACUCUAUCAUCGACAGCUUCCGAGACAUCACACAUCCUACAAAGAUUGAAGAGAACGCCAAGUGCGAUCGCUCUAUCGUCCUUUCCGGUUACUUGCGUGGCACCAACUUCGCCUCGCAGGGCCAACGAGUCCACGUUCCUGGUCUGGGAGACUUUACCAUUUCCAACAUGGAGGUUCUCCCUGAUCCAUGCCCAACCCCAGCCAUGGAACAGGCUAUGGCCAAAAUUACCGGUAAAACAGGUAGACGGAGACUCGAUGAGAAGGAGAAGAAGUUGCACGCGCCAAUGUCUGAUCGUAGUGGUCUUAAAAUCGAUGGUGAUGCUAUCUGGAUUACCAGAGAAAAGGGUUUCACUUUUGACAAGGAUGCUGAGGGUGUUGAGCGUGGAGAAGGUGAAGAAAUGAUCAUCGGUCUCCAGGGAGAACGUCGUCUGCUUGGUCAGACUGAUGAAGGACUUCAGCUUUUCGAAGGCGGCGACCGCAUCACAGAAGUAGACAACGAAGCGGACACUGGACGAAAAACCCACAGAAAGGCUAGAGUUGCAGACAAAGGAAAUGACGACGAAGAUAUCGACGACGAAGACGACGAAGACGAAGGCUUUGUGAGCGGCGAGGAAGACUCUGAAGCUGAGGCUGAGUUUGACGAAACGAAGCUCGGAAGCAUGUUCCGCAAGGAUGCAGAAAAUGGUGGUGGAGAGGACGACUUUGCGUUCGCCGAUAGUGAUUCUGAUCUGGGAUCGAUAUCAGGCGAUGAUGAGGACGACUACGACUCAGAUGAAGAUGCCGCAGCUCUGCGCUGGAAAGACGAUUUAGCUGGAAAAGCUAGCCGGAUGCACGGCAAGAGACGCUCAUAUCACACACCCGACCUCGCAAGAUACAUGUACGACCUGGCUAUUACGCCUGAGGAGGCAUUGAGCAAGUGGCGUGGCAAGGAUGAUGAGUCUGAAGAAGAGAACAUUGAAGACGACUCUGACGAUGAAGAUUUCUUUAAGAAGUCAUCAAAGGACAAAGAAGAUCUCAUUGAAGAUAGAGCAAUUCCGGACUACGACUACGAGGAUCUUGCAGCUAAGUGGGCAGCCGAGGAGAACAUCAGCGCUCUUCGUCGCAAGUUUACUUCUGGGUCUCGCGGUAAUGACGACGGAGAUGAUGAGGACGGGGAUGAUGACGACUUUGACGGUUUUGACGAUGAGGAUGACGAAGGCGACGGCGUGUUCGAAGAUCUCGAAGCCGACGGCACUGAGGAGCAGGCCAAACAAGAAACUGCUGAGGAUCUCGAGGCUGAACGUGAAAAGAACGCCAAACGCAAAGAAGAGCUUAAGCAACGUUUCGAAGAAGAAGAUCGAGACGGUUUCCUUAAUGAUAAGGCUAUUGCCCGCAAGGAAGGCGGCGAUGAUGAAGAGUUUGGAGAAGACGAUUGGUACGACGCACAAAAGGCAAUGAUUCAGAGGCAGCUCGAUAUCAACAAGGAAGAGUUUGACGGACUCGAUGAACGCCAGCGCUCUGCUGUCGAGGGCUUCCGUGCUGGUAAAUAUGCCAGCAUUGUUCUCGAGGGCGUGCCCGCGGAGUUUGUCAACAAGUUCAACUCUCGUAUGCCCAUUAUCGUCGGUGGUCUGACGCCCACUGAAGACCGCUGGGGCUUUGUUCAAGUGCGUAUCAAGCGUCACCGCUGGCACAAGAAGAUCCUCAAAACCAACGACCCUCUCAUCUUCUCGCUGGGCUGGCGUCGAUUCCAGAGUUUACCCAUCUACUCUAUAUCAGACUCGCGUACACGCAACCGUAUGCUAAAGUACACGCCAGAACACAUGCACUGUUUUGGCACCAUGUACGCACCGCUUAUUGCCCCCAACAGUGGUUUCGUCUGUUUCAAUAACCUCGCUUCGUCAAAUGCUGGAUUCCGCAUUGCUGCGACGGGUACCGUGCUGAGCGUUGACGAGUCCACCGAGAUUGUCAAGAAGCUCAAGUUGACCGGUACGCCAUACAAGAUCUUCAAGAACACAGCCUUCAUCAAGGACAUGUUCAACUCGUCACUGGAAAUCGCCAAGUUUGAAGGCGCCUCCAUCAAGACAGUCUCUGGCAUUCGCGGUCAAAUCAAGCGUGCCUUGUCCAAGCCUGAAGGCCACUUCCGUGCAACCUUUGAAGACAAGGUCCUCCUCAGUGACAUUGUCUUCCUACGCGCAUGGUACCCCAUCAAGCCGCACCGCUUCUACAACCCGGUCACCAACUUGAUUGGCUGGCAGCCUAUGCGUUUGACUGGUGAAGUCCGUCGCGACCAAGGUCUUACUGCGCCGCAGCUCAAGAACAGUCAGUACCGCAAGAUUGAGCGCGAGACCCGUCAUUUCAACUCUCUCAAGGUGCCUCGUGCUCUUGCUGCUGAACUUCCUUACAAGUCUCAAAUCACUACGACCAAGGCACAGAAGCGCCAGACCUACAUGCAAAAGAGAGCGGUUAUUGUGGGCGGCGAGGAAAAGAAGGCCCGCGCCGUCAUGCAGCAGCUGCUCACUAUCCGCAAUGAUGCUGCUGCCAAGCGCCGCGUCAAGAAGGACGAGUCGAGAGCCGAGUUCCAAAAGAAGAUGGCUGAUAACGAGGCUAAGAAGGAGGCCCGAGAGAAGCGAGAGUCCAAGGACUUUUGGCGCAAAAACGGCCGCAAGCGAGCUGCCAGCGAAGGAGGAGGCGGUGGCAAGCGAAGCAGAAAGUAGAAAGUGUACGCAGAGGGUGGUUGGUGUAUUUAUUCUUGGGGAUUGGCCGUUGCUGUAUUGCAUUAUUUUUUUCAUCCAUGGGUUGCAUUUAGGCUUGUAAAUAGGAAGAAGAAAUGCAUAGCUAUAUUUUGUCGAAAAGCGAAUUAAAGAAAAAAUUUCACAUUCAUUCUUACAUGCACGGGUUAUAAUCAAUGUGGGCAAUCGGCAUGACAAAAAUUAAAAUAGAAUUGAGUCGCAAGCAAACAAGCAACAGCGAAAACAGGUGCUAUACAGUCUCAUAGUGCAAACUAGCAGCUACGAUUGCUCAGUUUCCGUCAAGAAACUUGCUUGAGUCACGAAGAAAGAAGAACAAACACGCAUUUGUUCAUAACCUCCGCAAUUAAAUAAACCAGAAGCUCCCUCCAAUGUACCAUGGAACCCAAAGAAAAUCAAAUUUUAUCCCGCAAGAACGCUCAUGUUGCACCGGCAGAGGAACAGACUGACAAUUCUAUAAAAGAAAUGCGCUGCAUUGGUCCUCUGUCGGUGGCAUGCAUCAACCUGUGUGCUUUUGCGAUGAACAACAGCAAACAAGCGUCGAAAAAGAAGAGUAGGAAGGAAAGCCGAAGGCAAAACUGAACAAAAAGAGAACUCUGCACGGCCCGGUCCCAGUCGUCAAGGUAUGUCGUAUCAUGAAAAAAAAUAUUGGGACCGGUGCCGGCACUGUCAAGUUUCAAUCAUGCGCGUCAUUGUUGGUAAGUCGUGUACACAUGAAAGUCCUAAAUCGUGCUUGGUCGUAUUGUUUAAGCAGCAAUCAGAGGCUCCUCUUCAGGGGCGGUGGGCAUCUCGGGGAUCUUCUCAACAACGGGCUCCUCGGUAGGGGCGGUGGGAAGGACGGGAACGACCUCCUUGACUGUGGGCUUGGCAGUAGGAGUAGAAGUAGCAGGGGCGGCGGCGGGGGCAGGAGCAUUGCGACCGCGGAGCAUCUCCUGGACCUUUUCGCUGUAAUCACCAGCAUAUUGCUUGCCCAUGGUGGUGAUCUGGUCAGCCUGCUUCUGAGCGAGCUCACGGACCUGAGCAGUCUGGGCGUUGAUGGCAUCAGAGGCGUUCUUGAUGUGGGCGUCGAUGAGCUCCUGGUUCGUGGUGUAGACGAGAGGAACGAAGAAGGCAAUGGUGGUAGCGAUGAUAGCAAGACCCCAGUAAGGGACGAGCUUGACAAGGAAGUAGGAGAAGAAAGCGGCAGCGCAAGCCUGGUAGAAGUCAGUAUUAGUCGAGGUGCGGGGUGUAUGUGCAAAUGAAUAUACUUACGGCAGCGGAAGCAAAGAUGUUUUCGGCAAAGAGGAUGCGCUGGGCCUCAAUCACAAAGAAAUUUACGAGCUCAUGGACAUCGCCAAUAAGGUUGUCCAGAGUUUCGCGGGAAACUGUGUAGUAUCGGCGAGGGCGAAGCUGAGAAGCAAGACCCUUGUUAAGGACAAGCUUGCCAGCAGCUUCGGCGGCGACAGUAACGGCAAGCGAGAUCCAUGAGAGCUUGAAAGCCCAGCGAAUAACAUCGAGAUAACGAGCGGCGAUGAUCAAGCUGACAAUAGAGGCAUAGGCGAUUCCGGUGGCACCUGCGAGAGGACAUGUUAGUUAGUUGGGUGGUCACGCGAGCGCGAGCUAGCGCGCUUCGCUGCCAAAAGACAAGACUUACGAGGGUUCUUCCAGGACAGGAGCUCAGAGAAGAAUGAGUGGUAGUGUGUAAGAGGCUGGCCAGUGGCGGCGGGCGUAGCGGGAGUCUGGCGGGAGGCAGCGAGGUCGGAGAGCUCAGCGGAAGCCUUCUCCUGCUGUUCCUUGGCCUUGGUGGCGACGGGUCCUGAUUUCUUAGAGUGAGCCAUUGUAAUAUUCUCUCGGUGUGUGGUGACGGUGGGUUAGCAGUAGAAAAUAGAUAGAUUGGGGUAAAAAUAUUGUUGCGGCAAGCUUUGUGUGUAAAACUCGACGGAGUUGCGUAGGUGGCAAGUAUAUUGUGUCAGGGGCAAGAAACAAACGAAAGCACUUACCAUUCGCGAUGGAAUCGUAGGCAGCGGAGGCGUCUGUUAAAAAGGGAGAGAGGGCUGCGUCAGUAGUGCGUCAGAAGCGAGGUCGUCACAUGCCAAACUAGACCAGCCGUUAGCUAGACGCAUAAAAAUUAUCACGCCGCCGCUGGACGCGCACACGCACAACGCCAGUUUAAAAAACCAGCAUGAGGGCAUCGUCGCAAGAGGCCAGAGGAAUCAUAUGAGCUUACCUUACUAGUCUUGAUGUCGUGGGCAGCGGCAUCACCGUUGACCGCCACAGGCGAAUCGGCAAAGUCGGACAUUGCGUAUUAGGGACUAAGCUAUGUUUUUUUUGUGAUGUGGUUCUAGGUACCAAGUGUCUGGACUUGGUAAAUGUCUAAGAAUCGAUGGAAAGAGGUCCCAAGUUAGCUUUCUGGAUCGGGAUGCGAUGUGGUGAUGCAAGGGGAUGAAGGGAAAGGGGCUUGAUGAAGCUUGUAGUGUAGGAGCAGUAGCGUGGUGCUAGUAAACAUAGGGAGACGUGAAGCUUGGUAGCUGUGGCGGAUGACGUACCAGAUGAGGUUUGAGUGUUCGAGAUCAGAGGAUAGAGAUGAGGUGUUUUGUUUGCUUGUUUGUAUGAAGAAGACAGUUUUAUGUAUUUCUUUAACUUUCAGAGGAGGGGAAGACGGGGGCGAGAG